GAGACCGAACGCACGAGAGACGGUUAUUCAUCCAGUUCCCUUCUGUCUGUCUCUCUACCUUAAUAUUUAUCUCAGCAUUCAUACAGAUGUGUGUGUGUGCGUGUGUGUGUGUGUGUGUGUGUGUGUGCAUGUGCGUGUGUACGGAUGGAGAAGCUUCUCUCGCUCUGAACCCUGAGGUUUAGCACUCAACCCCGUAUUUCCUUUUCAGGCGACUUUGACCCCUAGUUCGUGUGUGUGUGUGUGUGUGUGUGUGUGUGUGUGUGUGUGUGUGUGUGUUUGAGAGAGGAAAAAAAAUUUUCUUCUCCCCCCUCCUUCACACUCGCACACUCUAACACGCUCGGACGAAAGCGUGCUCCAAAUUACAUGCAGACUUUUUGCAUGAAGCAGUGAAAACUUUGACGAGAAACUUUCCUCCUCUCGCGCGGCGUCACUCGGCUGGCCGAACUCGCUCGUCUCUCACAGAUGGAGUGAGGGAAGAGUGUUUCUCAGGACAGCACACAGAUAUGGCACACACACCCAAAACUCCACUACGGAGGUCCUUCAGCGAGCAUGUGAAGAACUCCACCAAUAAGGCUUGGGAUAUAUUCUGGAGAAGUGCACGUGAGAAACGUCUAUCAGAAAUCGAAGCAAAGGAGGCUUGCGACUGGCUCCGAGCCGCCGGGUUCCCUCAGUAUGCACAGCUUUUCAAAAAUUGCCACUUUCCUGUUGACUUUGAUUGGGUGAAGAGUGAUCAUGUCUUCCUGGACCGUGACACAUUAGACUCUCUCUGCAGGAGAUUAAACACCUUAAACAAAUGUGCAGAGAUGAAGCUGGAUCUGAGCAGAUACAAACAACGAGGUAAGGUUGAUGACGAUGUGGAGCCCUGUGCCAUCAGCCCCAAAUGGUCCUACGACCGAAAGAGUAGGCGCUGGAUACGUACAGAUGGUAUGGACUUUCUGCCAUCUGUGGACAGCCCUAUCGCAAGUCUUAGAAGGUCUGAGAGCUGUGAGGCAUCUCUGUCAGACAGCAGUGAACAGCAGGAGAUUCUGUCCAUGCACAGCUCCAGCAGCUCUGACAGCGAUGGGGGCGAUACCACCCUAAAAACUUCGGAAGAGCCCGAGACGAGCCGAAGCUCCUCUAGAUGCUCCUUCACCUCCAAAUACCUGUCCCCAGACAGCUCCUACAGUGGACCUCCAUCUCCAGCAGAGCCUCAUAACAUCAGCAGUGAAGAGUGCUUCCCAGCAAAGCCUCCUCUGAAGAAGGGUCAGAGCCUUCUUCGCAAGAUGGACAAGCUCAGAGUCCGAGGGUCAACGCUAUGGCCCCAUGGUCAAGGUGGAAAACCACGGUUAGUCAUAGGUAGUCCUGUACUACAGGAGGGUCAUGAGGAGGACAAGCAUGAGGCACUUACCCAUCUUAACCUUUCAGGGCUCGCAGAUAAGACAUCUAGUCAACUGUCCUGUUCACCACCAUAUGGCUCCAGCAGUAGUCCCUCAGAGAACAGCAGUGCAGUCAGUACACCCAGUCCAAUCACCAAGGUACGUAGUAACUGGAAAAGACAGAACACUCAAUCAAAAGCACAAAAGCCAGUCUGUGUUAGUGAGCAGGAGCUCCCCAACCAGCACGGUCUGAAUGGUAACACCAUUUUUGAGAUUCCACAUGGUCACAAGCCAGGCACAUUUCCCACCAUUUUGCAAAAUACUGUGCUGUCACCCACUGAUAAUACCUCCAUCAACUGGAGGACUGGAAGCUUUCAUGGAUUCCAUCGUCGUAGAUGUCGAAGCAGUCCAUCCGAAGAACCACCUUGUAGUCCUCUGGCAGCACAAGACCAUCGUGUUAGCAUUUACGACAACGUCCCAGAUCAUGUUCAAAUUAUGGAUGACGAUGUGUUUUCAGCCUUGGAUAAUGUUAUGGAACGUAUUACUGGACUACAGCAAAAGGAUACUGCAUGGACAGACAAACUGCCAGAAGAUGGAGAUUCAGAUUUCUCCCACUCCAACUCGCAUUCCCCUUCGUCUCUGACCGAUAUCCACCUUGAGAUCAAAGAGCAGAGUGAAACAAAUCAAAAUGGCCCAAAGCAAAAUUGCAACAAAAUCUCACAAGAGAGGCCAAAUACGGUGCAGAUCUCUGGAGAUCGAAAACUUUACUGGUGCAGUGAACGGAUCGUCUCGACACCGAGACCCACCACCCGAGCCGUCGAGUCCCGACUUGCUCCUUGUGUUUCAAUGCUGCAGAGACUGAGUCUGCUCAGAUUGACUGUUCUCAUGGAUAAACAUUCACCUUUCAGCAAACAAGGAUGGAACUGGACAGUUCCGAAAGUCUACAGAAAUAUAAAGGGUUCUGAGCACAAGAACAGGAAGGUGUUUGGUGUACCUUUGCUUCAGAGUGUUCAGCGGUCAGGGAAACCGCUGCCCCCGAGCAUCCUCAGAGCAAUGGAGUACCUUAAGACUGAGUGCUUAGACCAGGUUGGCCUUUUUCGCAAGUCUGGGGUCAAAUCUCGAAUCCAGUACCUAAGAGACAUGAUCGAGGCAGACCCCGACAGCUUCUCCUUUGAGGACCAGUGCGCGUUUGACGUAGCGGACAUGAUAAAGCAGUAUUUCCGAGAUCUACCCGAACCCAUUUUCUCCAGCAAGCUGUGCGAGAGCUUCCUGCACAUCUACCAGUACUUCCCAAAGGACCAGCAGUUCGCAGCCAUCCAGGCUGCCAUCUUCCUCCUGCCUGAUGAGAACCGAGAAGCUCUUCAGUGCCUCCUCUUCUUCCUCCAUGAAGUGGUGGCCUGUGUGGAGGAAAACCAGAUGACCCCGACCAAUAUCGCUGUUUGUUUGGCUCCAUCUCUGUUCCAUCUCAACGUCCUCAAGAGAGACAGCACCAGCAGCAGGGCAGGGCAAAGGAAGUACAGCUUGGGAAGACCGGACCAGAGGGAUCUGAGUGAGAACCUGGCUGCUACUCAGGGAUUGGCGCAUAUGGUGACGGAGUGUACACGACUGUUCCAGAUGCCACAUUACUGGCACGAAAGGAAUAAUGAAGACGUCCUGAACGUGGACAGAAGCUCUGCUUUAAAUACGAUCGAGACCGAUCUAGCGGACCGCGCCCGGUUAAACCUCUCGGCCCAGCAGCUCCUGAGGGAGGCGAGGGAGAAGAGCAAAAGAUGGGUCACUUGCACCACCUCAGAUCAUGUGGACGUGGCCUUUAAAAAGGUGGAUGACGGAUACCCGUUACCGUUGUGGAGAGGGACAGUAGAAGUGGAUGCUCCACAGAAAUACGUUUUUCAUCGUGUCCUGAGAGAACACGGUCAGUGGCAGAGCGAGCUCCAGCACAGCCAGGUCGAGACCUUGGACAAGGAAUCUGAGAUCUACCGGUACACCCUGCAGGCGGUGGGCACCAGACCACCUCAGCAAUAUCUGCUAUUAAGGACGUGGCGGUCUGAUCCUUCAUCAGGACCUUUGUUCGUGGCGGCCACUUCAGUGGACCACGCUGACAUCCAGAACACAAGGGUUACAGCCCGUGUGCUGUGCUGCAUGUUCCUGGUUGAAGCGACGGGGACGAAGAAGUCACGACUCACACACUUCUGCCGCACGGAUACCAGGGGCCGAUCUCUGGAGUGGCACAAUAAAGUUGGUGGGCAUCUGCUUUCACACAGCCUGGUGGCAAUUAAAGACUCCUUUAAGCCGAAGACGAAAGACGUGAAGCUAUGAAAGGACACAGAGGAGCGAAUUGAGGGAAAAAGAAAAGCAAACAAACAAACAAAAAAAAAACAACGUAACGUCGUAUGAGGAGCCCACGGGAUUUCAGGUGGUGUUUCACAGCCAACACGAGACGCAUCCAGAGCUUUUGUAUUGCAGAGACGAUUCCGGUUGAGGAAGAAAAGCAAACGUAUGAUGAGACGAGACGUUUCAGGACAGCUUAUCGAGACUGACAAGGAAGAGUGUCAGAGUAAUGAAAUGUCUUAUCCCAUUUGAAGGACCGUUUCACAAGCUAACACACUGCAAAGGUUUCCUCCGACAGCUGCAGAGAGUUUUCGAAAGGACGUCUGAGAGACCGUGAAAAUCUGCUUCUUCCGGGCUUCCGCGGCGUUCGACGUAGAGACGUCACUCAGGAGGCGUCUUUCCUCCAGCGCCGGCUCGUGAUCGCAGAUUUUGAUGAGGCAGGAUGUUAAUAACAACUAAAAUGAAAUAAAACUAAGAGGCCACAAUUUUUUCAUACAUCGCUCGUGUUUCCUUUAAAUGAAUCCGAGCUGCCGGGUUUCUGCAACACCGACAUCUCACGAUAGCUUAACAAAAAAAAAAACUUCGACCAGCUCAAACAAACCUGAGAUUUGAUUAAGGAAGUUAUUAGUUUGUGAAGACUUUAUUUAUUUAUUACCAAAUAUUUGUUCAAAAACUAAAUCUGGUGUAGAAAUGCAAACCUGUCAACCAGGUCGUUAUCUGUGCUUAUUUCUGGUCCUCCUCUGAUAGAAAUAUUUAGAACGUGAGCAUGUACAAUAGCAGGCAGUGUAUUUAUUAGUGCUUCUGGCUUGCAGUUCCUAGGUUUGACCACUAGGUGCAAUGUUAACUUUAUGGCGGUAAACUGAGCCUUGAGUUCAAAUAUAAAGGAAAGCAAAUAAAUUUGGGUCAUGAGUAUUUUAGUACGUCACCGGAAUGUAACGUUAGGGUUAGGGUUAGGAAAACUAUUGCACAUUUGGACUUUACGAAGGUCGUUGUCGUUUGUCGGAUAAUAUUUACGGUGGGACGAUUCGACACCGGUCACGUCGAAGGGUUUGGGAAAUUCGAACAGACAAACUUUCACGUGUUCAGUUUGAAUCGUUUGUGACGAGUCCAGCGGAGAAGGCAGGACUGUGAUCCGGAAUAUUCUAACGGAGUUUAGUGACGUUUCUCCUCCGAGCUUCCGGUUACGCGGCAGUAUGAAUAUGUAUUGGUACAUAUUUAAAUAUGUCGGAUUUAUUAAAAUGAACUUAUAAAUCUUUUUAUGAUGAGUUAAUAUAAUUUAACAGGUUAUUAAAUGUUACAGAAGAUAUUAUUUAAACAUAUGUAAACCUUUAAGGAUGCCUCGUAGCGACCGAGCUGUUUUAUUCUGUUAGAAUUCUGGUUUUAUUCACGCUACGUUAUGCUACAUGCUAAGCUAAUUUGCUCUACUGAACUGCAGUCGUUGUUGAAAACAUUAUAUAAUUAUAUAAAAAUAUAUAUUUUCCUUUUGUCCUGCAUUUGAUUGAAAUGUUUAUCAGAUGGUUUAUAUGCAUGAAGUAAAAAAGUUAAAUAAAGAUCGUAUUUUCAUACAGA